AUAGCUUGCCGGGGCCAACAAAUCUACAACCAUCAGUAUUGCUCAGUCGCAAGAGCUAGGAUCUAAAAUGGCCAACUACAAAGUGGAAGAAAUUUCUGCGCCAAAAUUGGACUUGGGCGAAGGACCCCACUGGGAUGGUAAAUCGCAAAGUUUGUACUUUGUAGACAUGUUCAAAGCCGGUGUUCAUCGAUGGGACUACCACAAAAAUAAGACUUUUAGUGCGUCAGUUGAGGGUUGCACAUGGGUAUCGUUCAUUAUUCCCGUGAAAGGAAGGAGCAAUGAAUUCGUCGUUGGGGAUGGCACUCGUCUUGUAUUGAUUACCUGGAACGGAACCUCUGACAAGGCAAAAAUUGUGAAAGUCAUUGCCGAUCUCGGAGAAGCGGGGCAGUCCAAUCGCUUCAAUGAUGGAAAAGCGGAUUCUAAAGGACGAUUGUUUACCGGUACGAUGAAAGCGGAGCCGUUCGGUAAUCCGUUCGAGAUUAAUUCUGGGAAAUUUUUCCGUUUCGAUGCGAGGGGCGUAAAGUUCGUGGAGCAGUUCGAUAAGGUUUUCAUCUCCAACGGUCUGGCAUGGAAUGAUAAAACCAAAAAAUUCUAUUAUGCUGACACGGGAGCGUAUGAUGUUAAAGUUUUUGAUUUCGACGAUAAUGGUGAUUUAAGUAAUAGGAAGACGUUUUACGACAUGACAGCAAAUACAACAGAUCCCAAAGAAGCCCCUGAUGGCAUGACCAUUGAUACCGACGGAAACAUUUUCCUGGCUGUUUUUCAUGGUUCCAAGGUGCUAAAGAUCAGUCCAAGUGGACAAUUACUACAAGAAAUAAUGGUUCCUGCGAAGCAAGUUACUUCGGUGGCAUUUGGUGGACCUAAUUUGGAUGAGCUAUUUGUGACCACAGCGGGACAGCCAUUUUUGGAACCACAGGGACCACAAGCAGGUGCAACUUUUAAGGUAUCCGGAUUAGGUGUGAGGGGGUUCCCAAUGACGGACGUAGAUUUGUAGUCAUAUUAGUUACGUCAAUUAGUGUUAAUAUGAUCUAUUGAAUGCAUUAAAACAAUACAGAAGACACAACACUAUAAUAUAAAA